UUAAGAUUGAUGGCUGUAUGUGUUAUGAUGAGUAUUAAGAGGUCCUAUUUCUCUCACAUUUGUCGAAAUUCACGACCAUAUCUCUUGCAACAUGUUGGGAAAUGCAUCCAUACAUCCAAAACGCCAUUAGUUUCUUGCUAUGAAAAACGGAGGCAUCCCCGAGGUAAAAGUCGGCACUAAUGAAUGGCAUCUAACAAGUCAAAGUGAGACAGAGAGAGGGUAGGCCUUGUCUUGAGAGAUUUCUGCUCCUCUAGCAUAGGGAGCGUGAUGUCAGCGGUGGCAGUACUGUUGUAAUUGACUUGGUGGGGGUGAUGGCGUCAUUUUAUGCCCUGGUGUAGCCUCCUGCUCGAAUAGCGAAGGGGAGACGGAUCUUUAGCCGACGCGACCGUGGCUCCCUUGGCCGGGAUCGAGCACCGCCGAGCCGGACACUACACGCCUGGAAACAUGGAGGCUGUGGCCGAGGAGCUGCGGGCCGGCUCUCGGGUACCUGUCACUAUCGAUCAAAUAGUUAACGAUACACUGGUGGUGACGCUGACCUACCGAGAAAGAAGCUAUACGGGGAUAUUACUUGAUUGCGACAAAAAGACUGGGCUAUUCUGUCUACCAGAUAUCACAGCAAAACCUGGGGACAACCCGAUAUCUACACGGGCUUGUGAAGUCCCGAAAGUUCUGAAUGAGGAGCCGGUUUCCAAAUCUCCCAGCCAGGCUUCGUAUAGACCAAAGGAUGAAAACACUCUCCCAGAAAUCAGCAUACCUACUGCCCCUCUCCCCUGCCCUGUACCCACACCAGUGCCAGCUGGACAGACUCCUUUCCCUCCUUAUUUUGAAGGAGCCCCCUUCCCCCAGCCCUUAUGGGUGCGCCACAGCUACAGCCAAUGGGUACCUCAGCCCCCUCCGCGACCAAUCAAAAGAAAGAAGAGGCGGUCACGGGAGCCGGGCCGCAUGACCAUGAGUACUAUCCGUCUGCGGCCGCGGCAGGUACUGUGUGAAAAGUGCAAGAACACACUGAAUAGUGACGAGGACAGCAAAGAUGGCAUGAGCAAUACUAAGACUUCACGAAAAGAGAACGCACUACAGAGCGACGACGACGGCGACGACAAGGAUACCCCCUCGAAGCUGUCGAGAAAAUUGGAUGUAGUUGCGACCAAGGACACUAAGAGACGUGAAAACGGCACCAGCCUUGACAGCAAGCGCCUCAGGAAGGACAAAAGGGGGGAAGCCGAAGGGGAAAAGUUUCCCGGGACAGACGUUAUCCCCCACAGUCCGGUCAUAAAGAUCUCCUACAGCACUCCACAGGGCAAGGGGGAGGUCAUGAAGAUCCCCGCGAGAGUCCACGGUUCGGUCAAGCCAUUCUGCCCCAAACAACUGGUGCAGAAUGGUGUGGGAGAAAAUGGCAAGACGCCUUCUGAUCCCACCAAGGAGCAGCGGCACAUUUUAGAUGCCACCAGGUCCGGCCUCACUGUUUCCAUUCCCAAACUCAAACUAACCCGGCCUUUUACGACCGUGGGUCAGGACCUACCCUCUCCAAAGAUCCACUUGAGACCCCCUCAGAGGGAGGGCGAGGGGAGUGUGGUCGAGUACGAGGCAGAACUCGUAGGAGGCGCCAGGAGACGAAGCCCCAGGGUUCCCGGUCCCUGCCUCCCCCACUCUGAAGACUCGGGGGAAGGUAAAAACUCCCUGGAGCUGUGGUCGGGGAGUUCGGGAGAGGAGGCGGAGCGCGGCCACAGCGACCUCACCCUUCUCAUCAAUUUCCGUAAGCGCAAAGCGGACUCUUCGAGCCUGUCGGUCUGCAGCAGCGACAGUCUCGACGAGUCCAAGUCCUUCAGCUCCGACGGCACCUCACCAGAGCUGUGCGAUCUGGCCCCGGGGGAAGACCUGUCCGUAACCUCAUCUUCUGUACCCUCGCGGGAAGACUGCAAGACAGUGCCGCCGCUUACGGUGCGGCUUCACACCCGCAGCAUGACAAAGUGCGUGACCGAAGAGGGUCACGCCGUGGCGGUGGGCGACAUCGUGUGGGGGAAGAUUCACGGCUUCCCCUGGUGGCCCGCACGCGUCCUCAGCAUCAGCGGCACCCGCAAACGGGAGACGGCCAGUUGCGAGGCCCAGUGGCCCCAGGCAAAGGUGGCGUGGUUUGGCUCGCCCACCACUUCCCAGCUCUCCGUUGCCAAACUGUCGCCCUUCAGGGAGCUCUUCAGGUCCCGCUUCAACCGCAAGAAGAAAGGGAUGUACCGGAGAGCCAUCCUGGAGGCAGCCAAGGCCGUGGGCCACAUGGGCCCGGAGAUUACAUCGCUGCUUUCCCACGUUGACACGUAGGCUGAGGACUGAAGAGAGCUCUCCGAGGUUUUUCUGAAUUCUCAGACUGUGUCAUCAAGUCCCAGGAGGGAGUACGUGCGGUUGCCACGGCUACUAUUUAUACGCCGUUAAAUUUUU